AUGAAUUGUCGACGUGCUCAGGUGGAAAGAGCCAAGGAUGUUGAAGAAGCUAAGCAAGCCAAUCUUGAAAAUCAUCUGCAUAAGGUGGAACGUGAAGAUGCUCGAUUUCAAAGUGUACGCGAUAAAAGCGAGCAAUUGUGUGCUGAUUUGGAGUUCAACAUUGACUUACUUAAGCGCAAGCGAAUAAGUGUCGAUGCUUUAGUGCUUGAUCUUGCUCAAACGAGGGAAUAUCAUGGUGUUUUUGUCAACCAGCUGCGCAGCGAUUUAAAGAGACAAAAGAAUGAACUUGAGACUUGGGAUAAACGCUCACUAGAUAACAAAAAAACCGUUGGUUCGCCUUGGAGCAAAGCUCGCCUCGCUGAAAAUCCGCCUGCAAAGGCUGCAAUCGCUGUAUUGAUCAGUCGCUGGAGUUCCGCUCAUUGUGAUGUUGUGGCAAGUCUUUCUCAAGCCCCCGCUUUGAUUGUUCAGCCAAUGAAAGCUCAAACAAUGACACUUGCGCCUGUAUUGGCUCAAAACAACAACGAAAGAGGCCGACACACUUCAGAAAGUUCGGUGGAAAUGCCCAUGAAAUCUGAAUCGCGCGCACCUACAUACUUUGCUCGCUUGGAUGUAGUCGAAAAUCACCCACACGAGGAGAUUCAGCAACGUGCGAAGAAAAGUGGCUUGGUCAUUACUAGCCAAAUUCGAGAAGUAUUGCGCACAGGUCGAUCGAGUACUAACCUGUUUCAGAAAAGUCCAAAAACCAGAAAUCGAUGGAAGAAA